GAAAUGCAACUCUGUUUCGUUAAUUUUUUCUCGUUGUGUGUGUUGCACGAAAGUGACGAAUUAGUUUUUAAUUGACAAAAUUUUUCAAUCUUUAAUCUUUGAGAAUUCCCGCAACAUUUUUGCAAAAUAAAAACUGGAAUUUUUUUAAAAUCUAACAACAAACGAAAAUCGAAGGGAAAAUCAUUGCAAAGCUUUAAAAAAACUCGAUAAAAAUGGCAGAAGGAGGUAAUAACAAGCGCAUCGUUGUCAACGUAAAAACGCCGAAGGAGAAGAAAACAAUCGAAGUGGAUGAAGAUUCUGGAAUUAAGGAAUUCAAGCAGUUGGUAGCACGAAAAUUUGACUCUGAACCCGAACAACUAGUGCUGAUUUUUGCCGGCAAAAUCAUGAAGGACAACGACACACUAAGGACGCACAACAUAAAGGAUGGCCUGACGGUGCAUCUGGUGAUCAAAGCUCCUACACGCGGAGCAGAGCCAGCUCCCCGACCAGCCGCUGAUGUACGUCAAACACCAUUCGGUCUUAACCAACUAGGCGGGUUGGCUGGUAUGGAGGCUCUGGGCGCUGGUAGCGGCUCUUUCAUGGACUUACAAGCACGCAUGCAAAGCGAAUUGUUAAGUAACGGCGAUAUGCUGCGCUCGGUGCUGGACAAUCCACUCGUGCAGCAAAUGAUGAAUAAUCCGGAAAUUAUGCGAUCCCUCUUCACUUCGAAUCCCCAAAUGCAGGACCUAAUGCAGCGCAAUCCGGAAAUUUCGCAUAUGCUUAAUAAUCCCGAGUUGUUGCGGCAGACAAUGGAGCUGGCGCGCAACCCAUCCAUGCUUCAAGAGUUGAUGCGUUCGCACGAUCGCGCUAUGUCUAAUUUAGAAUCAGUACCAGGUGGUUACAAUGCGUUGCAGCGCAUCUAUCGCGAUAUACAAGAGCCAAUGCUGAAUGCAGCAAGCGAUUCAUUUACGCGCAAUCCCUUUUCCGGACUUAUGGACGGCUCUGGCGGUGCAAAUAAUCCUCAACAGGGCACCGAAAAUCGUCAACCGUUGCCAAAUCCAUGGGGCGGUACAGGUAAUGCUAGUGGCAGCGCUGGUGGUAACUCUGCGGAUGGCGCCAAUCCAGACUUGCCGCCACGUGGUAUGCUCAACACGCCCGCCAUGCAGAGUCUCAUGCAGCAGAUGGCCGAAAAUCCGUCUUUAAUGCAAAACCUUUUAAAUGCUCCAUACACGCGUUCCAUGAUGGACGCCAUGUCACAGGAUCCCGAAAUGGCAUCACGUCUAUUGAGUACCAGUCCAUUAUUGGCCAAUAAUCCGCAACUGCAAGAUCAGGUGCGUCAAAUGAUGCCACAGUUCCUCAAUCAAAUGCAAAAUCCCGAAGUACAGAACAUGUUGACAAAUCCGGAAGCUCUAAAUGCAAUAAUGCAGAUACAGCAGGGCAUGGAACAGUUGCGUUCGGCAGCGCCGGGUCUAGUCGGUUCGUUGGGCAUACCACCACCACCAGCUGGUAACACUGAGAGCUCAACCGGUACGACAAACUCGACCACAAAUACCACUAGCGCCGGAGGUGACGCUAAUCGCCCGGCCACAGCACCUGGCGGUGGACCGAAUCCCCAGCUCUUCAAUGAUUUCGUUUCGCGUAUGUUGAACGGCAUGAGUAUGCAGACGGACAAUUCACAGCCACCAGAAGUGCGCUAUCAGUCACAGCUGGAACAAUUGGCCUCAAUGGGAUUCGGCAAUCGGGAAGCCAACUUGCAAGCGCUAAUUGCUACUUUUGGAGACAUCAAUGCUGCCGUGGAGCGGUUAUUGGCACUUAAUCAGUUAUCUUUAAGUUAACAUCCUUAAACAAAAUGCUAUUGUUUAUUUAAUAAAUACACGAAAUUUACAACAAAAUUCAAAAACAGCUGUUGCUGCUUCUACUUCUGCUGCUAAGUAGACGGCCUAGAGACAUAAUCCUUUUCGCUUUUCCCUCAAAAUUUAAACAAAUGUCCCAGCAAAUUUACGAAAGUGAAACAAAACUAAACAGCAUUGCUAAAAUUAUAACCUGUUUGCUUGGGACCGCGGGUAAAUUCCGUGAAAUUACAUACCUAAAUGUUUACCAAAAGUAUAAAACUAAAAUACUGAGGAUUCAUAAAACAGAAAUAAAGGGUACAGAGCGAAACAAUUAUUACCUAGCAUGAAUAAUUGGCACAAAGGGAGGAUUAAAAGUCAUUAAUUUGUAAUUUUACUGUUCUUUGCGAGGUAUUUAAUAGUCAAGUUCAUUGAAAACCUUAUGGAAUUCAUUUGAUUAAGACAAUUGUUUGAAAGCAUUUAAGAACUUUAAUUGGCUUGUAAAGAACAAUAAUAAAAACACAAAGUAUUUGCACAACGCCAAGAGUAAAGAAAGACUCGCAGGCUCGUUCUGCAAUUCGUAAGCUUUAAAAUCAGUGCGAAGUUUUGGAAAUUACUCUUGGUAUUGUUGAACAAAUUGUUUUGUCUAAUUUAUAUAAGCUUAAGUUUUUGAAAAUAACAACACAUGUUCAAUGAAUUGGACUAUUAAACACCUAAGCUAUAUAAUUUAAAAAAAGUAACAAUUAAAAAUAAAACAUUCAAUUAUACUUUGCAUUCAUAUUCCAAAUCUAUUAUUCCAAUAUUAAAUACUUUUUUUAAAUCCCUUGAAUUUUUUUCUUAGUUAUUAAAAGUCGAUAUUCAUAUGAAUAUUCAUUAACAUAAUUGUAAUCUUCUCUUGGUGAUUUUACAUAUAAAAAUGGAUAUUGAAUAAGUAGUUGGAAAAAUUUGUGUCGGAGAGAAAAUUAAACCAAACAAAAUAAACUGGUUAGGGCUUAAAUAGUGUGUGAUGUCAGUCAGAAAAUAAAUCAGAAGGCUGACAAAUUACAGUCAUACAUAUUACAUUUACUACUACUAUUAUAUAAAAAAAAAUCUAUGAUGCAAAAACUACAAAAUUUGAUUAUUUCAUUCUUUUUACACUUAAGAAUUUUAUGAGUAUCUUAUAUUCUUUUAUAAUUA